AUGCGAGCCGCCCCGAGCCUCCGCCGCGGCGCCUGCCUGCUGCUCGCCGCGAUCCUCGACCUGGCGCGCGGAUACCUGACUGUCAACAUUGAGCCUCUACCCCCUGUGGUGGCGGGAGAUGCUGUGACCUUAAAGUGUAACUUCAAGACGGAUGGUCGCAUGCGUGAGAUCGUGUGGUACCGGGUGACCGAUGGCGGCACGAUCAAGCAGAAGAUCUUCACGUUUGAUGCCAUGUUCUCCACCAACUACUCGCACAUGGAGAAUUACCGCAAGAGGGAGGACCUGGUGUACCAGUCCACCGUGAGGCUGCCCGAGGUCCGGAUCUCAGACAACGGCCCCUAUGAGUGUCACGUGGGCAUCUACGACCGUGCCACCAGGGAGAAGGUGGUCCUGGCCUCAGGAAACAUCUUCCUCAACGUCAUGGCUCCCCCCACCUCCAUCGAAGUGGUGGCCGCUGACUCACCUGCCCCGUUCAGCCGCUACCAAGCCCAGAACUUCACACUGGUCUGCAUCGUGUCGGGAGGGAAGCCAGCGCCCAUGGUGUAUUUCAAGCGGGACGGGGAGCCCAUCGACGUGGUACCCCUCUCCGAGCCCCCCGCGGCCAGCUCGGGGCCCCUCCCGGACAGCAGGCCCUUCCGCGGCCUCCUGCACCGUGACCUGGACGACACCAAGAUGCAGAAGUCGCUGUCCCUGGUGGACGCCGAGUACCGGGCGGGACACCACCCCUCCACGGAGCGCCCCUCGCGCAGCCUGACCCCGGAUCCCGGCGUGCUCCUGCAGCCCACCACCGAGAACAUUCCAGAGACGGUGGUGAGCCGCGAGUUCCCCCGCUGGGUGCACAGCGCCCAGCCCGUCUACUUCCUGCGCCACCGGCGCACGCCGGGCAGCGACGGCACGGUAGAGGUGCGCGCGCUGCUCACCUGGACCCUGAACCCGCAGAUCGACAACGAUGCCCUGUUCAGCUGCGAGGUCAAGCACCCAGCACUGUCCAUGCCCAUGCAGGCCGAGGUGACGCUGGUUGCUCCUAAAGGACCUAAAAUCGUGAUGACACCCAGCCGAGCCCGAGUUGGGGACACCGUGAGGAUUCUGGUCCGAGGAUUUCAGAACGAGGUGUUCCCAGAGCCCAUGUUCACGUGGACGCGGGUGGGAAGCCGCCUCUUGGAUGGCAGCGCCGAGUUUGACGGGAAGGAGCUGGUGCUGGAGCGGGUCCCCGCCGAGCUCAACGGCUCCAUGUACCGCUGCACGGCCCAGAACCCCCUGGGCUCCACUGACACGCACACGCGGCUCAUCGUGUUCGAAAAUCCAAAUAUUCCGAGAGGAACCGAGGACUCCAAUGGUUCCUCAACUGGCCCUGCUGGCGCCUGGCUCACGCUGGUGCUGGUCCUGACAGUGCUCCUGGGGCUGACGUGA